AGUGCCGAGGAAGAAAGGCCGCGGCGUCUCCCAGCCUCCUUCCAGCAUCAUCACCGCCAUCACUUACUGACUUACUGCUCUUCACCAACAACGACAACAACGACAUUGUCGUCACUGGCUGCUUCAAAUCUGACGUCAGGAUGUCUGACAAGAGUGAGCUGAAGGCUGAGCUGGAGAGGAAGAAACAGCGGAUCGCCCAGAUUCGAGAAGAGAAGAAGAGAAAAGAAGAGGAGAAAAAGAAGAAAGAUGUGAGUGGCCCGAGGUCUAACACUCCAAACAAGAGGAACUCAUCUUGUCCUUGUUGUGUACAGGGAGACUCCAAGCGUGGUGUGGACCAUGAAGACUCUGACCUGGAGAGGAAGAGGAAGGAGGCAGAGGCCAUGCUGCAGAGUGUUGGCAUCACCUCAGACAUAACACACGCUCAGCCCCUCAGGGUAGUAACAGAAGAUACCUGUCUGUUUCACUACCUAGUCCCCGCCCCCAUGUCUCCCUCCAACAAAUCAGUGGGCAGCGACGCAGGAAGCCAGGAUUCUGGGGACGGAAACGCCGGACCAAGGACAUUGCACUGGGACCCUGACCCCUCCACUCUGCAACUCCACUCCGACUCUGAGCUGAUGGGGCGUGGGACAGUGAAGCUCACCAUGUCCAAAGUGACUCAAGUGGACAUUGUCCCUAAAGAAAUGGUGUCUUACUCCAAAGAAACCCAGACCCCCACUGAAGCUCACACGGAACAAAAAGCUGAUGAGGAUGAGGAUGAUGAGAUAAGUGCCCCCCCACCGACAGAGGACACACAAGAAGACAAAGAAGACCAGGGUGACCAGCAGGAGGAGGACACAAACAAAGAGCUGACUGAAGAAGAGAAGCUGCAGCUCCUGCACUCUGAGGACUUCCUGACCUUCUUUGAGCGUGGCAGCAGGAUUGUGGAGCGAGCGCUGGCCGAGCAGGUGGACGUCUGCUUUGACUACAGCGGGCGAGACCUGGAGGACAAAGAGGGGGACCUGCAGGCAGGCGCCAAGCUGGUUCUGAACAGACAGUUUGCUGAUGAACGCUGGACAAAAAACCGAGUGGUCACCUGUCUGGACUGGUCUCCUCAGUACCCAGAGCUGCUGGUGGCCUCCUACAACAACAAUGAAGAUUGUCCCCAUGAGCCUGAUGGAGUGGCGCUGGUGUGGAACAUGAAGUACAAGAAGGACACACCAGAGUACAUCUUCCACUGCCAGUCAGAGGUGAUGUCCGCCAGCUUUGCAAAGUUUCACCCCAACCUGGUGGUGGGCGGGACUUACUCAGGACAGAUCGUCUUAUGGGACAACCGCAGCAACAAGCGCACACCUGUCCAGAGAACUCCCCUGUCUGCAGCUGCACACACUCACCCGGUCUACUGUGUGAACGUGGUGGGCACCCAGAACGCCAACAACCUGAUCAGCAUCUCCACAGAUGGCAAGAUGUGCUCGUGGAGCCUGGACAUGUUGUCCCAGCCGCAGGACAGCCUGGAGCUGGUGUUCAAGCAGAGCAAGGCGGUGGCCGUCACCUCCAUGGCCUUCCCCCUGGGUGACGUCAACAACUUUGUGGUGGGCAGCGAGGACGGCUCUGUGUACACCGCCUGCCGCCAUGGAAGUAAGGCGGGCAUCACUGAGGUAUUUGAGGGCCAUCAUGGUCCUGUGACAGGCCUGAGCUGUCAUACUGCUGCAGGACCAGUGGACUUCUCCCAUCUCUUCAUCUCUGCUUCUUUCGACUGGACCGUCAAACUGUGGAGCACCAAGAGUACCCGCCCACUUUACUCCUUUGAGGACAGCUGUGACUACGUCUACGAUGCCAUGUGGUCUCCUACGCACCCUGCUCUGUUUGCCUGUGUGGACCUGGCUGGACGUCUGGACCUGUGGAACCUCAACAACGACACUGAGGUUCCCACUGCCAGUGUGUAUGUGGAGGGGGCUCCAGCGCUGAACCGCGUGCGAUGGGCUCACUCCGGAAAAGAGAUCGCCACCGGAGACUCUGAGGGGCAAGUGCAGGUGUACGACGUGGGCGAGCAAAUCUGCGUCCCCAAAGCAGACGAGUGGACUCGCUUCGUCAGAACUCUCGCUGACAUCAACCAGAACAGAGAUGAAGCUGAGGAGCUGGCCAAUGUUUGAUCACACCACACUUUAUCCAUAAAUCACACCCACUACACCACACUUUAUCCAUAAACCCCACUACUCACCCCUGCUGGACGUGGAGGACCUGGCUGUCCAACUCCUCCUCCUCCUCCUCAUGACUGGUCCAGGAGUGCUAGAAGACACCACCUUACAUGUGUUUCACUUUUAGUGUCUGCUCCAACCAAACUCUCAAUAGUUUCCAUCUGAAAUUAGAACUUCUUCACCCACCAACUGCUCCUCAACAAUAUGCAAACCUUUCUACUUGCACCUUUAUACUAACACUUGAAUAUUGUUCCGACAGCCUCCCUUGUGCUGAACAUGGAGAAGACUGGCACUCGUUUAUUUAACACAAGUGUUGCAUUUUAACCCCUGCAAUAUUUAAUAUUUAUUCUGCUCAUUUGAAUUGAUGUGCAUUAAAAUGUAAAAGCCUAAGUAGCACACUAACAAAUUGGCCUCUCAAGUUCCUGGCAGUUAGAUUUCAUGUGUGAGAGCAUUCAGCGCCCUUUCUUUUACAUGAUGAAGGGGUCAUUUGUACUUUGUACCCACAAUGCAACAUGAGAGACAUCCAACAUCAUGUCAAGGACCAUACUUAACAACUUUUUUGUUUUUAAAAGAAGGAAAUACCAACUUGUGUCCAAUUCAUUUAGUCACCAUCAAGAAGUGUGUUUCCAAAUACAUUUAAGAAACUCUUACAACUACACAAAUCAAUCAUAAAUGCUUUUGUAUUUAAAUACUUCCUUCUAUGUUCACAUGAGGCCCGUGAUCAAAGUCACAACGGGAGAAGAAAUAUUGAUUAAAAACAAUGUAACAAA